GUUGGCGCUGCUGUAGUGUUGAUCUACAUGGACUGUCAAUAAACGUGUGCGUGUUAUAAUUAUGGCGACAAAUAAUUAUUUUGGUUUUACACACGGUGGAACACAGUAUAGCGCGGCUGCGGCAACGGGAGCGGCAUACCAAGCUGGCCAAGCGGGUUAUGCAGUAGCUGCGCCGGUUACAGCAGCUGCCGCUACUUACGGAACGCAAAGAGCAGCGGGCUACGAUACUGCCUAUCAGGCAGCCGCUGCUACCCCUGCAGCUACGUAUGCAGCGGUGGGAACUGGAACCACCCCUGCAUACGAAUACGGAUACGGUCGGGCCGCAGCUACUACAGGGUACGCUGACGCUAGCAAAACCUACUAUCAGCAAGCCGCUACUGGGCAAACCGCUGCUGCAGCCGGAUACACUUCUGGAUAUGAUCAAACUUCAGCGGCUGCUAAGCCUGCAACCUACGCUGCUACGUACACUCAAAGAGCUGCUGCUACUGCACAACCCCAAAGUCAAGCAACUGUAGCUGCAGCAAAACCUACACAGUACAGUGCCACAUACCAGGCCAACGCUACAGUUUAUCAGGCCACUUACGCUCAACCAGCAGCAGUCCAGACUACAGUAGCUGCUCAGCCAGCUACACAAGCUAAACGUACUACGCAAGCAAAUUCUAACACCACGUACUCCGGAUACGACGCCGCCUUGUACUCUGCAGCCACGAUGUAUGUGGCGCAGCAGUCAGGCAAUGCAGCUCAACAGAAACCCGGCGGAUGGCAAGGGUAUAAGAAGGGUAUAGGAGCUAAGAACAUGCGCACUAAAGCACCCCCAAAGCCACAACAGUUACACUAUUGUGAAGUUUGUAAGAUUAGCUGUGCUGGGCCUCAGACAUACAGAGAGCAUUUAGAGGGACAGAAGCAUAAGAAACGCGAAGCUGCCACCAAAAUGGCAGCAUCUGCAGCAGUCACUAACCAAAAUCGUGCUGGGAACUCCUUACGUUGUCAGUUGUGUGAUGUCACCUGUACAGGUAACGACGCUUACGCUGCCCAUAUCCGGGGGGCGAAACAUCAAAAAGUUGUCUUACUUCACACUAAAUUGGGUAAACCGAUUCCGCCGCAGGAGCCCGAAGUAAUAGGGGGACCUCGCAAAACUACCACCGGCACUGCUAAAAUCAAUUUCGUGCAAGGAGGCGGUUUAGGUAUGAAUAACGGCGAGAGUAAAGAGGGUGAGGAUGCUCAAGUUGUUGACGACGUUUCCGGUUCCAAUGAGCCUGACAUACAACCUGUCGGCCAAGAUUAUAUUGAAGAAAUUAAAAGUGAUGAUGGAAAGAUUAUUAGUUUUAAUUGUAAGCUGUGUGAAUGUCGCUUUAACGACCCUAACGCCAAGGAGAUGCAUAUGAAGGGCCGUCGUCACCGUUUGCAAUACAAAAAGAAGGUUAACCCGGACCUGAUUGUCGAUGUAAAGCCGUCCAUACGCCAGAGGAAGAUACAGGAAGAGAAAAUGAGGCGUGCUGCCUUAAGAGAAGAAUACUGGCAACGCAGGCAUAUGGCUGCAGAAGACGAAGAAGAACGCAUGUACUGGGAGGAGCGGCGAAGAUACGAGGAAGAUUACAUGGAGUGGUGUCGAAGGGGGAACAUGGGACCAUUCCCAAGACCGAGGCCGCCGUUCCCGGGCAGCGCACCCCUUCCUUACUUCCAGGGACCGCCGAUGGCUCGUCGUGCCGAAUCGAGCGACGAUCGUCACGUGAUGGCUCGUCAUUCAGAGAUCUAUCCGAAAGAGGAGGAACUGCAAUCUAUACAGAGAAUCGUGUCUCAUACCGAACGCGCCCUUAAAAUCGUCUCUGACCAGCUGGCCGACACCACCAAAUCGCCUAAAGAAAACCAAAAUGGACAGCAAACCCCCGCGACAGCCGCCACCGGAACCCCCGCAGCAGCGGCCAACAAAACCGACGUGAAACCGGAAGCAGACAAGAUCGUUAGCGCAGGCCCCGCUUCCAACCAAGAACAAAAAGAAGACGGCAGAGACAAUCAAUUAUUCUCGUUCCAGCAGGAUCGCGACGCAAACAGGAUCCUCAAGGGGGUGAUGCGUGUGGGGCACCUGGCCAAAGGUUUGUUGCUCAGAGGCGACGCCAAUGUCGAGUUGGUCGUGUUGUGCGCCGAGAAACCGACGCUGACGUUGCUACGGAAGGUGGUGGAGCUGUUGCCUGCCGCGCUCAAACAGGUGGCUGCAGAGAACUCGUACAACGUGACGAUAAACGCCCCGGACGCAGGCCUGACAGUUACUGGCGAUGGACUGACUGUGCUCGUCCAAUUGACCAGUCCAGUAAUGCGGGAACAAGAAGCUGCGAGCGGCGGGUCGGACCGGGAUGUACUGGCACGUGGCAAGUGUCUCCAGGCGCUGGCAGCCCUCAGACAUACCAAAUGGUUCCAGGCUAGGGCUCUGGGUCUUCAUUCUUGCGUCAUCAUAAUAAGGAUACUGAGAGACUUAUGUCACAGAGUACCUACAUGGUCCCCUUUGACAUCCUGGGGAAUGGAACUGUUAGCGGAAAAAGUAAUUUCGUCAGUGCCUGGAGGUAUUCAGUUGUCUCCUGGGGACGCGUUGAGGAGAGUUAUGGAGGCCGUAGCGGGAGGUAUAUUGCUUCCCGGAGGUCCCGGAUUGGGAGAUCCCUGUGAAAAGGAUAAUCCAGACGCAGUGGCGUACUUGACUGCCCAGCAAAGGGAGGAUCUCACAUGUUCCGCCCAAUAUGCCCUGAGACUCAUUGCCUAUAGGCAGAUAUACAAAGUAUUAGGUAUGGACCCACUUCCCGCCCAACAGAAAGUGUUCCGCCGAGAUAGGUCUGCAAGAAAGAGGCGUCGUUCUGGUGGGGAACAAGCAGAUUCUGAAAGUGAUACUGGUAAAAUGGUCAAGACAGAGGGUGGUGAUAAUCAAACUAGCACAGAAGGUGCUUCAAAGUGAGAUAAAUGAGAGCGUAUGAAAUAAUUUAUGCUUAUUGAGUUAAUAAAAUAGUUGUAGUUUAAUGCCCUGAAUUAAUGUAUUUUAUAACGAUUUUCCUUGUCGGACAAACAAAUUAGUGGUUGGUCCUUGAAUUACUAUUACUGACAUUCUGUGAAAUGUGAGAAUUGAAUUUCACUUGUAGUUAGAAGAAUAUACUGUUAAUUUGCGUUUCCCACUUGAUUUUUUAGUGAAUGUAUAAUCGUAUUAUCCUUGAAUAAAUGUACUAUGAAUA